AUGAAGGAGGUCAUCAUGGCUUCAGGUGCAGAUGAAGGAAGAUCGGUGAUAGGCACUGACCUAUCCAUCCGUUUCCGAAGCCGCCACGUUCGAUUGCCAGCGGAGAGACUGGCUAUUCUCUUGCAGAAGUUGUGCCGUGAAGUCAGGGGCAGCGUGCUAGGCCGCCUGGAAGAAUGGCAGCGCCUGGAGCUUGAACAGGAGCUGCUGAGAAAACUAAAGUCAGGUGCGUCAUUCAUGAAAGCUGAUGAAGAUAGAGGGAAGUGCGCUUUGCCAACUUCGCCAGUCGCGACCAAGCCGAGCGAAGUCAUCCCUCCGAGGCCUCCAAAAAGGCCAAGUCAAAAGGUCAAGCGGAAGGUACUGUGCAAUGCCAGAGAAAACCAAGGGAUCUUUCGUCGCCAGACAGCAGGUGGCGAGAAGUUCCGUGCGGGCAUUGGCUUUUGCAAUUUGCGUUUGCAGGCACGGCCUCGAAGUUCCAUUCGGGACGCACGAAAAGACUUGGAUUGUUUGGUUGGUCUUCGUGACCAAGUCCUGCUUCACCACGGCCCGUUUGAGGAUCGUGUGCGGACUGCGUUGGGCUCACCAGAGACGUGGUCCGACAACGAUGCGACGUUGGCCAGCCGGCGAAUCACCUUACAGGUGGCAAGCAGCGGCCUGUGUCGCCAGGUGCUUUUGAGCCCCGCUUACAAGCUUCCACAGCUGGAUGUUGCCUUGGCUGCCUGGCGCCGGCUGCGUGAUGCCCAGCGGACCGGGCUGAAGCCAGAGAAGCAACGGCGCCGGCUUCCCACGGAGCUCAAUGAGUCCUGGAAGGAACUCCGCAGUGCCCACGAGGAAUUGUGGCAACAAGCUGGAGCCAGCAAGCAGCAAGUGCACAAGGUGCUUGAGCGAAUCGAGCAACUUGCCGAAAGUGAUGUCGAAGCUGG